AUGAACAAUAAUAAUUCCAUAUUUGAAAACGAGAAUCCAAUAUUAUAUAAUACCAAUGAAGGAGAAGAAAAUCGAAGCUCAUUAGACGAAUUAACAAUAAAAGAACAUAUAUAUAACAAAAGUGAUUUAUGUGAUAUAUAUUAUGAAGAAGAUAAAAUUAAUGUAGAUGAGAUAUUCGAUUUAUUAAGAGAUAUAAAAGAUCCAGAAUAUUCUUAUACAUUAGAAGCUUUAAAAAUUAUAGAGAAAAAAAAUAUUCAUAUAAAUUAUCAAGAAAAAUUAAUUACAGUUUAUUUUACGCCUACCAUACCUAAUUGUUCUUUAGCAACACUUAUAGGAUUAAUGAUAAGUAUAAAAUUACAAUAUUCAUUAUGUAAUAAUUAUAAAACUAAUAUUUAUAUAUAUCCUGGAUCACAUAAUUCAGAACAUUCAAUAAAUAAACAACUAAAUGACAAGGAAAGAAUAGCAGCAGCUAUAGAAAAUAAACAUUUAUUUAAUGUUAUCAAAAAUAGUAUUAAUUAUCAUUAUCCACUUAUUAAAUUUUGA